AUGCGUCCACCAAUGAAGAGAAUCGAUUACAAUGUAGGAGACAAAGUAGAAGUGUGUUGCAAAGAAGAAGGGUUUGUUGGAUCAUAUUAUGAAGCCACAAUUGUUUCAUGUCUUGAUAAUGGAAAGUAUGUUGUUCGUUACAAGAACCUUCUUAAAGAUGACGAGUCUGGACUUCUUACUGAAGCAUUAUUUCCAAAGGAUCUUCGUCCAUUACCGCCACGUGUUCGUAAUCCUCCUAAGUUCCAACUCAAUCAAAAAGUUGAUGUUUUUGAUAAAGAUGGUUGGUGGGUUGGGGAAAUUACAAGCGAGAAGAUCCGUAUGCAAAAGAGUUAUUACUAUAACGUGUAUUUCGACUAUACCAAUCAAAACAUUUACUACCCUUGUGAUCAAAUAAGGGUUCAUCAUGAGUUGUCGUUUAGUGGAGAGUGGAUCUUGGAAGCUUAAAUCAUAU